UUUCGCCUGCCACAAGGAUCUUGUCCUUCCGGAGGCUGUGUUCAGUUAUUUCGUGUCCGGGUAUCCGUGCGGUUCAUCCUGCGGUUCGUCAGCCGCCGUUCGUCGUCGAUUGUUCGAAACGUCGGUGUUCUUUCGCCAACACGUGUUUUUUGGCGAGUAUUUCAAUUAACAACUGAAUAGUUUCGGGAGUGUGAUAUUUGUUGUACAGCCAGAAAUUAAAUAUGCAAAUAUCCUUUGGAGUGGCCUGUAAUUGAACAAACUCUGGAAAUGAAUCAUUCGGAGGGCAGUUUGUGACAGUAUUUAUGUUGCAGAUGAUUAGCAGACAAUUAAUGUGCAUUUAAGCCAUUCAAGCGCCGAGAAAUGUUAAAUAAACACAAUAAAUGUAAUUAAAUUAAUUUCGUUCGGGCCGUCCGGAUAAUAUGAUGGUGUUCGUAAAAAGCUAAUAAAAAAAUAAAUAAAAAAUAGUUGGAAGAGAGAAAAGUCGUUAACACAAACCGGCGGCUGGAAAAACAUCAGCUGUGGCAAAGUAAACAUAAAGUUUUGGAUUCGGACAGUGGCUUUUGUGUUUGGACAGGAUCCGGGACUCCAUAAUUGCAUCCGGCUGGCAUUUAAAUUGCACUCAAGGUGGCAUUCUGCCACGGAAUUUUUCACAUGGCGUAUGCGUAAUCCAGCAUCAUCUACCCAAACCUGUACCCGUACCCAGAGCCAAGCCCAUACCCACCACCAUUCUGGCCGAAAAAAAUGGGCCAAAUGUCAAUGAGUGAGUGGGCUGCGGAAACGCGAAAAACUCUACCGGCAGGCAGGAUUCCAGUGCCUGUCCUGGCCGAAUGAUAAGCUAGCAUUGGCACGAUAACGGAAGAGAAAAAAUAAAAAUCACAGCGAACGGGGCAGAGAGCUAAAAGCCAAGUCAAUGACGCUGCGGGCGGCCAACCUAGUCCGGAUAGCAUCGACGAUAUUGCUUCUGACUCUGCUGGUGCCCCUGAGCCGGCAACAUCAAUUCGAGACGGAUGCCGCGACGCGUCAUCAAAAUGUCCGGGACACGGUGGCGGAUCAGAAGUUCUCGCUGCCGGCCGUGCCGCUACCACCGCCUCCGCCCUUUACGGCGGUGCAGCAUAAUUUUGCAUUAAAUGCCUUUGCGGGAGGGGAGCAGCCGUCCCGGCCCUCGUCCUCAUCGUCCGCCUUCUCCGGCAGCAGUCCAGGAUGCGGCGGAGUCCUCAACAAGCGUUACGGCAUUAUCCAGACGCCGAACUUCCCACACCGCUUCACCACGCCCAUCGAAUGCGUAUGGAUAAUCGACGCUUCCGAAUUUCCCGCACAGGGCAACGUCUCUAUCGUGGUGUACCUCACGCAACUGUACGUCCUCAGCGGCCUGAAGUUCACGGAGUACAUGUACUACUCCGACGACUUCAAGGUGCCUGCCCACCGCAUCUUCACGCUCACCGAGGACGAUGUGACUCAGGUCACUUGGGUGCAGUUCCACAGCCAGUACCUCGAGAUCCGUUUCACCAUGGCCACCUUGGAUGGCACCCACCUGCGAGCUCUGGACCGUUUGCUGGACGUCUACGGGUUCAACAUCACCUACGAGGUGCUAAACGACGUGAAGGAGUCGCAGUGCAAUACUUUGCAGUGUCGGUUCCUGGGGGAUUGCUAUGCCAGUGAUGAUUUUAGCUCCUAUGGGUGUGCCUGUUUUUCCGGCUUCAGUGGCACCGACUGUGGACAUGGUCCCCUCUGCGAGGAUGUUCACACCAAUGUCUGUCAAAAUGGUGGCACUUGCAAGCACAUCGGCGACGCCGCCAUAACUUGCCACUGCCCCAAAGGCUUCAAGGGGACCAGAUGCGAAAUACCCGAAAUAAAUGAGACGACACUGGGCUGCACCAGGAAUACCAGUUCCAUUGACUGCCAUCAGGCCUGUGACUUUGACAGCCACAGCGGCGAGGGAUCGACCUUUGGCCAAAGUUAUUCCGCCUUAAAGGGCAGGGGGAUUUCGGGUCGAAGUGGCAAGACGCGCUACGAGGUCACCAUGCGACUGGGGGCCAAUCUAACGGGAUAUUAUCGACAUGCCGAGCGGGAGCAGGUGUCGGGCGUUAUGGAAAGACAGUUGGGACGUGUGUUGCGGAACUUUAACAUCACAAAAAUCAGCGAUCUUGAACUGAUUUCCAACACCACCGAUCGCCUGGACAUCACCUUUCACUUCUUCGGCGUCAAAGGCGACUCCCAGAGGAUCCGGGAAGCCAUCACCCGGAUGGUGGAGCGAGGCAGGAUUGGAAACUUCACUCUGGUUGCCAAUUUCCAUCACUUUGACGAGAACCCACCGCUAAGCUUGCUGGACCUGAGUGUCAAUCAACCGCAAGCGGGUGUACGCGAGGCCAGCGAGUUCAUCAUAUCCUGCACCGCCCAAGGAUCAUCCCGGAUGCAGUUCCAGUGGUUUAAGGACGGCGCAGUGGUGAACGCCAGCAAGGCAACGAGGGAAAUCUGGACCACAGUCCUGCCGCCGGAGACCAAGGAUGUCUAUACGGCGAUUCUCGGCGUAACCAAGGCGAGUCGGAUCGACGAAGGCGUCUACAGCUGCAAGGUCACUGACUGGGGCGUGGAGCAGUGCCGCUCCCUCCACAUCCACAUCAAGUCGCCUCCCCGUCUCCGAGUGGAUCCGGCGAGCGUAACGCUGCAACGUGGUGACUCCCUCCGGGUGCGUUGCCUCUCACCGGGAAACGACGACAUCAAGCGAUACGCUCAGCUUGGCUACAGUUGGACCCGGAACGGAGUGCUCUUCCAGUCGGACCCGGCCACCGCCAUGUGGGAGGACCUUUACCCGGACGGCAGCAUCCUCAAGAUCAAUAACAUCCAGAAGUCGGCGGAGUAUGCCUGCCUGGUCUCCAACAGCGUCCGUCCCGUCUCCCGGAGUGUCUACAUUAACGUGAUCGAGCGAAAUGCGGUGCACGUGUGUGCCGCCGAGUCCACCUACGGAGUCCACUGGCCAACCAGUGCCCCCGGAGCGCCCAUUAUCACCGACUGUCCGCGGGGCUUCGAGGGUCACCUGCGGAGGAUCUGCGAGCAACGGGACACAGGAAACUCUAGCUGGCUGCUGCCCGACUUCUCUGGAUGUGUCCGCGACGAGCUCCUGCUGAUCUACAACCGAUUCUUGGCGCUGAGUGCUGGCUUUCAGCAGACCAACUCCUCCAACAUCCUCAAGGCCUGCUUCGAUUUUACUCUCCAGCGGAGGCAUAGCUUCCUGCCGGGAGAAGCUAGUUUCCUCAUCGAUAUGCUGCAUGAGCUCGACACCUACCUGCAAUUGAAAGGCACACAACUGGAACGCGAGAUGGCCGCGGAGAUAAUACUGCGCAUCCUGGAUAAAGUCAUGCAGAAUGCUCAAUCCUUGAACAGUCAACAGCAAAUUAAAAAGCUGCAGCUGCUAACGCAAUCGGCGGCCCUCAACCGCGAGACCAUAGCGGCCUCCCAAUUGGCCACAUCCACCAGCGGCAGUAGCCAGAAGCAACAGCAGACAUCACCUGGUGACAGCUCGGUAACGCUGACCGCACAGGGCGGCGAUGACAGCGGGUCGGGUGCCAAUGCCGGAGAGAUUUCCCCGGGUCCCGGCUCGGAGAACCUGCCGUCAGCCCGGGGCAUGGCCAGGGGGAGCGGUAACAGUGGAGGAGUCAGUGGAGCCACUAGUAUUCUGACAGUCGACGAGGACACUCUGUCCCUGGACCGACUCAACUCCCUGCGCAUAUACAUGACGUCGGUGAAAACGCUGCCGUUUAACUUACGCAUUUAUGGGGAGGAUUUGUUCUCGGAUCAGCUCUACAUGGACAUUGGGCUCUCGUCCCGCCUGCUGCAUAUCAUGGCCAACUCGACGAUAUUCGCCUCGGUCAUCUCCUACAAGAACCUGAAGAGCUUCCUGCCCAAAACCUACUACACACGCGGCAGUGAUCCCAGGGACUCGGACUAUGUACUAGCCUCCCGCAUCAUCCAGACCUGGCUCUUCCAAUCCAACCGCUCCAAUGACAACUUUCGCGAACCCCUCGAUUUGCCGUUCGAAGCCGGCCAUGUGGAGAUUAUAUUCCAACACGAAAGUGUCCCAAAAUCUGGGGAUUGGGUGGCCGUUUGUGGGCACGACUACAAGGCCUCCUUCGACUCCACCUGGCGCUCGGACCUCUGCAUCACCAAACACCUGAUGGUGAACAUAACGCGGUGCAUCUGCCCGCUGUCCGGAACCUACGUGGUCAUGCUCACCAAGCGCCAACAAAAUGCCACGCCGUCGCACGCCCCGCAGCGUCCCAUCUUUGUGAUCGCCAGCUGCGCCUGCUGCCUCCUCCAGUGCGGAUCCGCACUCCUCAUCCUGGUGCCUAUUUGGUGCAAUCGCAAGUGCGCCGUCACGUUCCUCAAGAUGCAGUUCUGCAUCUCCACGUCGAGUGUGAUGCUCAUUUACUUGCUAGGCUUCAUGAAGAUGCUUCCAGUGAACUGGCACGCCAUCAUUAGCAGCUCCCUGGCGUCGCUGCUGUUGCUGGGCAUCUCGACCCUGAUUGCGAUUGCCUUGGCCAUCCACACGGAGCUGGUGCCGAAGAAGUAUCUGCAAAUUGACAUCCAGCCGGAGACGCCCACGAAGAAGCGCCAACAGGAGCGGGAGAGGGAACGUGACCGCGAGCUCGAGAGUCUUAGCAAUAUCACACAGAUACGGGCUCAGUCGCCCAGCUCGUCCUCGGGGCACCACCAGCGCCGCCCACCACCAUCCAGCGGUUCCUCCUCCAAACCAUCCUGCAAGCCAUCCGCCCUGCCAACCGGAUCGGCGGGCAUCCGCGGCGCCAUCGGCAUCAGCUGGCUGCUGCCCCUGCUCUUCGCGGUGGCCGCCCCACUAAUCUGCAGCAUCAUCGGCAAGUGGCCACGCCACUGGUGGCUGGAGGUCCUCGCCACCGGCGACGGUGGCGAUGAGGGAGUGGAGAUCUCUACCGAUGGCAGAACGGAUGCGGAGGCCGGCGAGUUCGAUGGCGUCUUCUAUUCAACGCACUCGCUGCUCAAUGGCGAUAAUUUACUGCUCGAGAUGGGAAAUGGAACAGCCCCACCUCCCACGGAGACAUCCUUCGAUGCGGCGUCCACAUCAACGUCAUCAAUCAGUGGCGGGAGCAGUGACAGCUUUUGGUCGCAGGAGAAGCAGUUGCCAGGAGCAACUUGGAGCAGUGGUAGUGGCACCUCCUCCUCCAGCUCCACUUUUUCUUCCACAUCCACUUCCGUUUCAGUUUCAGCGAUGGCUGCGCCUCUAACUUCCGGCUUGAGUGACUUGAACAGAAUCGGAGGAGGGCCAUCAACAGCCAUGUCGCCUUCUUUGAGCUUCGUCCUGUUCGUCUGCAUCGAUUUGCUCUUUAUCCUGCUCUUCUUUGCCCUGUUUGCCAUUUUAAUGAAGAAACUUUUGUGGUUGUGGCACAAGAAUCGCAAUGUGCAUACGCAUCCGUUGGAUAAAUUCAAUCUGGCUUUGCGCCGGCGAUUUGGAUUGCUCUACCGAGCUGGUGUCCUGCUCCUGGCCAAGCUGCUGAGCGACGGAUUCUUCAUCGUUUAUGUUAAUUCAUCGCUGGAUACUUUGUGGGCAUAUCCGUUUGGCAUAUCGUGCAUAAUAUUGGGCUCGGCCAUCCUCUUCUGUUUUGUCAUCAAGGCGGAGAGCCAGCUGCGCGGUCCACCGUUCCUCGGGAGCAACGGGAGCAGCCAGAACAGCUCCCUCAAGCAGGCCAAGUUCACCACGAGCCGGAGCAGCCUGGACGAGAACUACUGCACCACCACCACGACGACGACGACGGCCAACGUCAACAGUCCACUUAGCUUCUACACCAAUCACGACAAGGAGAAGGAGAACGACUGUGGCAUCACGUUGUCAAUGUCAAAUGCAGGACACUCGCCCUCGGUAACAGCCGGAUCCUUGUCCUCGUCCGCAGCCGGUGCCCCGCCCCUCCAAGCGAAGGUGGGCCUCGAGCUGUCCGGAGCACCGGUGUCCGGGGUUCAGUUGCCGCUGACAAUCAUCUCCACGGCGCCGCGUUGUCAGGCGGCGACGGUGGCAGAGGCGGCUGCUGCGGCGGAGACCUUCCUUGGCGACCAUCAUCAGACUAUGCCCCUCUCCGUGGCCCCCUCGCCGGACACCCGUUGCUGUGCCAUAUUGGGCGGAGGAACUGCUUACGAUGCAUACACCAUGGGCAUGGGAAUGGGCGUUGGCAUGGGCAUGGGCGUGGGGGGGCUCACAGGAAGCUUGGGCAGAAGGACGCUGCAUCAGCAGCCGACACAUUACCGUACGGGACCAUGUGGAGAGUUUGUGGGCGUUGAGACACUCGAUAUUCUUCAGGGCGUGGCAGCAGAUAGUAUAAUUGGAAUCCACACCAGUGCGAUGAUGCCAACUGCCGCCACUACUUCUCAUUACGUUCCCCUGCAGCAUAAUCCCUACGUGGACUUUGUGCCCAGCCCCCUAAUCCUGAGCAUGCCGCCGCCUCCCACCAUAAGCGGCAACUUGAGCGGCGGGGGCACAUCGACGCUACCCCCGAUGUCCUUGCCGACGCAAACCCCCAAAACGCAGAAGCGUGUGACCAUCCUGGAGCCCACCUCUCGCACAACAUUCGACCCCUUGCUGCCCACCAUGGUGGCGGCUGUAGUCUCCACAUCCACGGUUACCAGCACGGCGACCACAACCGCUGCCACACCCACAGCCACCCAAAGUGGAGGAGGGGUCGGUGGCAACGAUGCGACCCUGGAUCGCAUCACCCUCGAUCUGGACUACUUGCUGAACAGGUCGGAUUCCGCAGAAGGAGGCGGAGCAGGAGGAGUGCCGCCGCAAGGACCUUCCGGAGGAAGCGAGGAAGGUGGUCAGCAGAAACAAUAGCAAUAGCAUUCAGGCUGAAGUUCAUUGGCCCACACUAAGAUGCAUUUAAGAGGCUUCUUUACUUGUUAGGACCUGUAAAUAAAUGUAAAUCAAAAAUAGAAGAAAACAAAAGGAAAAACCUACAGUAGGAAACUCUGUGAAUAUUCAUAUGCAUUAGAUAUUAAAUCCAACUAAUAACUGAGUUCAGUACAGUCUUUAUUUAAUGUUUAAGUUUCCCUUAAUGUUAAACGUGUUUGGGACAAGAAUCACUCCUAAAACCAUAUAUAUUUAAAUUAAAAAUACAAUUUAAAAUUUAUGUCAUUGCAUAUUUGUAAACAAAAUGAAAGAAUUUAAACUAAAGGUAACUUUUUAGCUAGAUUUACAAAAAGCCUAUAUUAUAUGCAGAACACAAAAAUUAAAGAGCGAGAACACCGCAAGGGUGUGACAAACGUUUUUGAUUCUCUUUAAAGUUUCCUAGAGAUAAACCAAAAUUAAGCCCCAUUAAGAACAAAUUCAAGAAAAAAAAUAAAAAAUUAAAAAUACAAUAAUUGUAAAACUUACAAACAUAACAGGACUAUUUCUAGAACAAAAUAAAUAUAUUAUACAGAUAUAUCUUUAAAUAAACUCAAGACUCUUGUUAGAAAAUCAAUGAAAAAUGUGUCAUUUAAUGGUUUCU